AUGAAGGCGGCACCGAUUAUCGUGAAUUGGCACCAGGAGAAUGCCCCCAUAUACUCUGCAGACUUCCAACCUCAUGGGAAAGGUCGAUUAGCAACCGGAGGAGGAGACAACAAUGUUAGGCUAUGGAGAAUCGACGCUGAAGGUGAGGAUCGAAAGGUGGAAUACCUGUGUACGAUGGCCAAACACAAUCAAGCGGUAAACGUGGUACGCUGGGCACCAAAAGGCGAUAUUUUGGCUUCUGCGGGCGACGACGGCAACGUUGUGAUAUGGGUUCCCGACUCUCAGACUCCAAAACCACACUUCGGCGACGAAGAUGCUCUCGAGGAUAAGGAAUCGUGGAGGGUGAGACAUAUGUGUCGAUCAACCGGGGCAGAGAUAUACGAUUUGGCAUGGUCUCCGGAUGGGAUGUAUUUCAUUACUGGCAGUAUGGACAAUGUUGCGAGAAUAUACAACGCACAAAGUGGCCAACUUAUACGGCAGAUAGCAGAGCAUCAGCAUUAUGUUCAAGGAGUUGCUUGGGAUCCUCUCAACGAAUACAUCGCGACACAAUCAUCCGAUCGCUCAGUCCAUAUUUACACACUGCGAACGAAAGAUGGAAGCUAUGUGCUGGAUAACAGAGACGAAAUCCCGAAAAAGAUUGGCAAUAAUAUGAAGAUGGAUCUGCCUGGGAGGAGGAUAUCAUCGAGCAGUCCCGCCCCACCAGACAUGGGAUUUCGAUCACAGAUGUCGGCCGAAAGCUUUGCAGCAGGUGUAGGAUCUCCAGUGCCCUCGUGCCCUGGCACACCAACAUCUCUCGCACUACCAAUGAACCCACCAAGUACAAUCAGUCACAGCAGGAGGUCCUCAUUUGGGGCUGCCUCUCCGUCAAUGUCACUAAGAAGGUCGGCUUCCCCAGCACCAUCACUUCCAUUGCCGGCUGUGAUGCCAAUGGAGGCUUCGCCGAGACCGUACGCUGGAUUGGGAUUGCGAAAUGCCAAUAUCUACGCCAAUGACACGCUCAAAUCCUUCUUCCGCCGGUUGUCAUUCACACCAGAUGGAAGCCUUCUCUUCACACCCGCAGGUCAAUAUCAGACACAGCACAAAAGUCUCGAUGAAACGGUAAAGACAUUGUACGAGGUCACAAAUACCGUCUAUAUUUACACAAGAGGAGGAAUCAACAAGCCUCCGAUUGCUCAUCUUCCGGGUCACAAGAAGCCGUCAGUUGUGGUAAAAUGCUCGCCCAUCUUCUACACCGCUCGAAAGUCAACACCUCCUACCAAACAUAUCACGAUUGACACAUCUUCAUCAGACACAAUGACAGCUCUUCCAGAACCUGCAAUGAUCCAGAAAUCAUUAGCAAGUUCCGUCAUGGAACCACCUCCACUCGUAUCGCAAACAAGCGAUCUCUCAGGACCAACAUCUUCACCCAAACCAAAGCCAUUGGAAGUAGAGACAAACGCGGCAACUCCUGGCCCUGCUAUGGCGUUCUCGCUACCUUAUCGAAUGGUUUAUGCUGUGGCCACUGAAGACUCGGUGUUGAUGUAUGACACACAGCAACAAACUCCCCUUUGUGUUGUUAGCAAUCUACACUGUGCUACAUUCACGGAUCUGACUUGGUCAAACGAUGGUCAAACAUUACUCAUGACAUCUUCGGAUGGUUUCUGCUCCACCUUGACGUUCGCAGCCGGAGAGUUGGGUCAAGUAUAUGCUGGCGAGGUGCCAACAGCCAAACAACCAAUGAUUACCAACACGGCAGUUUCCUCUUCUCAGAACACACCAAUGGCGACUCCAACCUCGAUUGCGCCCCCGUCGCCAUUUCCAGCUGGUGGGCACCAUCAUCGGACAUCGUCGAACUUGUCAGUCGCUCCAUCGCCUCCUCCUACAGCUGUAUCGGUCAGUUCCAACAUCAGACCUUCAUCGCCGACAAGGUCGAAUUCGACUUCGUCAGUGGCCACACAAUCGUCAUUUGCCCAACCAGCUGGCUCAAUCAUAAGCAAUCCCACACUUGUCGGUGGGUCGAUGCCUGGUAUUGCGGCCGGCAACAUGAACUUCAUGAGCGGUAUGCCCAUGACCACUCCACCGCAAACCCCGAGAAGCACAACAGGCUCUGUAAGUGGUAUGAAGAGAGAUCACAGCGAGAGCGAGAGAGAAGAAGGCGGCGAGAAAAAGAAACGGCGAAUUGCACCAACACUGUUGGGCAGUGAUGGGAAUACGGCUGCGGCGACACCAGCAUCAUCUUCCAGCUCGGCACCUAAACCCGAGUCCUCAGCGCCAUAA